GGGCACGCCGCCGCUCGCGAUGCUGCCCAUCCACUCCUUUAUAACCCUUUCAUCCCUCUUCGGCCUCGCCCUUGGCCUCGGCUCGUCUUGCUCGGCUCCCCUGGGCAGCGGCCACGGCGACCCCAACACGCCCUACUGGCUCGAGACGAUCAAGCACCAGGGCUCGUCGCCGUUCAACCCCAACCAGACGCGCGAGCACCCCUAUGAGGUGUUCCGCAAUGUCAAGGACUUUGGUGCGGUCGGGGACGGGAAGCACGAUGAUACAGCUGCCAUUCAGGCUGCGAUGACAUUGGGCAACCGGUGCGGAAACUUGACCUGCGAGUCCUCUUCCCUCACCCCGGCCAUCGUAUACAUUCCCCAAGGCACGUACCUCGUCUCCGACGCCAUCGACGCCUACUUCUACACCCAAAUCAUCGGCGACGCCAAACGCCCGCCGACGCUGCUCGCCUCGACGGACUUUAGGGGCUUCGCCGUCAUCGACGCGGACCCGAGCAAGCAGGUCAAGAACGAGACGGAGCCGUGGUACAUUAACCAGGACAGCUUCUACCGCUCGAUCCGCAACGUCGUCAUCGACACGCGCCAGAUGAAGCCCGAGGCAGGCGCGAUCGGAAUUCAUUGGGAGGUCUCGCAGAGCACGUCGCUUGUCAAUGUCGUGGUUGAGAUGUCGCAGGAGAAGGGCACGAACCACACAGGUCUGUACAUGGAAGCCGGAAGCGGCGGGUUCAUGGGCGAUCUUGUUUUCAAUGGAGGCAAGAUCGGCAUGUCCGUUGGUAACCAGCAGUUCACUGUUCGGAACGCUACAUUCAACAACGUCACCGCCGGUGUCAAUGCCCUCUGGAACUGGGGAUGGACCUUCCAAGACGUCACAGCCAACAACUGCGAGAUCGCAUUCAACCUGACCACGGGCAGCGUCGGCUCGGAAGCCAUCAUCGACGCAACAAUCUCCAACACGAAAGUAUUCGUGUCCAACUCCGCGCCGUCGCACCACAAGCUCAACGGCUCUUUGGUGCUCAACAACGCGCGCCUGCACAACGUGCCCGUCGCCGUCGGGAUCUACGGCUCCGACGAAGUUGUUCUCGCCGGCUCCAGCGGCUCCGACGACGACGCGUACAUCGACAACUGGGCGCAGGGCAACGCGUACGUCGGGACGUCGGACACGCCGCGCUUCGUGCAGCAGGCGAUUCCGCCGAUUAACAAGCCGGGGAGCGUGGUUACGCCCGCGGGCAAGAUAUACGGGCGCGGGCAUCCGCAGUAUGCGGGGCUGGAUUAUACGGAGGUGGUGAGUGUGAAGAGCGAGGGCGCGGCGGGCGAUGGGAGGCAGGAUGAUACGCGGACGCUGCAGCGGGUUAUUGACGAGUGGUGGGGCUGCAAGCUCAUCUUCUUCGACGCGGGCGCGUACUACGUCACGGACACGCUGCGCAUCCCCGCGGGCACGCAGAUCGUCGGCGAGGCGUGGUCCCAGGUUAUCGGCGGCGGGCCCAAGUUCGCGGACGAGGCGAAUCCGCACGUUGUGGUGCGGGUUGGCGAAGAGUGGGAGCAGGGCGUGACGGAGAUCUCGGAUAUGCUGUUUACGACGCGUGGGCCUGCUCCCGGUGCGAUCAUUAUGGAGUGGAACGCACACGAGCCGGCUGGUCAGCAGGGCGCGUGCGGGAUGUGGGAUACUAUCUUCCGUAUCGGCGGUGCCGCGGGCACGAACCUGCAGGAAGAGUGCCCGGCGGGGAACCUGGAUCCCAAGUGCCAGGCCGCGUUCCUGGGGCUGCACCUCACGCAGUCCGCCUCGGCGUAUCUCGAGGGCACGUGGGUCUGGACGGCGGACCACGACGUGGAUAAUGUGAACCAGACGCAGCUGAGCAUUUUUUCGGCGCGCGGGAUUUUGUCGGAGAGUUUGGGGCCUGUGUGGAUGAUUGGGACUGCUUCGGAGCACAAUACGUUGUACCAGUAUAACCUCCACCAGGCGCAGAACCAUUGGAUUGGGUUCGCUCAGACUGAGACGCCGUACUACCAACCCGUCCCGAACCCGCCCGCACCCUUCCGCCUGCACCCCGAAUACCACGACCCGCACUCAUACGCGAACCAAACGGACGCAUGGGCGAUCUACGUGCGCGAGUCGUGGGGCGUGACGGUGUUCGGCGCGGGGCUGUACAACUUCUUCAAGAACUACACGCAGGACUGCCUCGCGAACACGACGUGCCAGACGGACGUGUUUGAUGUCGACGAUGCGUCGACGGUGCAGAUAUACUCGCUUACGACGGUGGGCACCACGUAUCAGCUUGAUGUGCGGGGGAGGCCGGCGAUCAAUGCGACGGCGAAUUCGGAGGGGUUUCAGGAUACGGCGACGCUUUGGCAGAGGUGGGAGAUGGAGCUGUGAUGCGGUGGGUGGUGUGGACGUUCGUUCGUUUAGUUAUUUUUCGUGGCGACGGGUACACCUAGUCACUUAUUUGUUCCUUGGUUAUUCAAUGUGUAGUGGUCAUCUAUGGCGGGUUAUUAUACAACGGUUUUAGUGAUGUGAGC